UUGUCAAAAAUAUCUACAUAAAAACGUCCUAAGAUCGUAACACCAAAGCAACGCCAUCUAUGAUUGUGUAUAGGUAACUCGGCGUUAUAGUUAGCUAAACUCUAGGCAGGACAGGUCCCGUAAAGCGUAUCACGCUGGACGUAGUCUAGGCCGCGUCGGUACAAGGCCACUGGCGUGCGGACACCACACAUUCGGUAGAGUGGGGAUAAUUCCCAUUGUAUUUUUAUCUAUGAAAUCUGAACAUACUAGAUGUUAGAGGAGUCUUUGUAGCCAGCGUUAUUCUGGGAUUAUGAGACAAUAUUUGCGUCAAGAAAUAAGCGCAGUGGAAUGCCAUACAGUAUUCUGUAAUUCAAUGUUUUGGAUUUUGUUGCUUGCAUUAAUGCGUGAAAGUGUCGUUUACCAAUUAGUGAUUUAUAUAUUUAUCAUUUAUUUAUUUAUUAAAUUAAGACGCAAAACAGAUUACAAUUAAAAACUAAAAAAAAUUAUAAAAUAUACAAACAUAAAACGAGAUUGUAUACCAAAACAUUGCGCCCUAAUACUGGUUAAUUACUUAAAGUGCGGACUAAGAUAAAUUAAAACUAUUGAGUAGUGUAUAGUUAAAAGAUUAAAACAAGAAAAUAGUAUAAGUGUAACUUAACAAUAAAUAACUAACUAUUGCCGCUAGAUAUUCAUUGUUUUAGAAUUCUUGAGAAUGAACAAAAUCCAAAUGGGAGUCUUGGUCGUCUCAUUUAAAUUGAAUUAAAAAAAUCAUGAAUCGCUAAGACGAAAGCAAUAUUAAAGUGACUAUGUCUUAAGCAAUGUUACUUUAGGAAAUGCAUUAGUAAAAAUUUCGUUUUUGCCACAAUUGUAUCUCCAGAUUUUCUAAGAUUUAUGGCUACUUAUUGUUAUGUCAAGUCGUCUAUUUCGUUACUCUCUCAUAAAAACCAGGUCAAUCUUCUAUGUAACUCUCGCUUUAUUCAUUUCAAAAAGCCAAAUAUUCAAAUAUAUUCCUAUUUUUUUCUUUCAAAAAAUUCCCUAUCCUUUCCCGUAUGUAGUUUGGCGGCGCAUUCACGAAUCCUCUGGCAGUAUGGAUUUUCGUGAAGUGCCUACUCGUUUGCUUAUAAACCCUAAACAAGGACUCCGGAUGAGUUCAAAUUGUGGAAAAAAUACAAAAAUUAUACGUUUUUAUUAAUUUGGUACACAAAUUAGUAACUGUAACAGUCUAAAUAUAUAAAAAUAUGUUCGUUGUUCGAUUUAUCGCAGUGACAGUAAUUAUAAAACAUAGCAUUGUAUUAUAUUUAAAUUGUAAUCUAUCUCUCUUAAACGUUUUAUUCGCUACACAGGCGAUUAAUAGUCCUACAAUACAUUUUAAAGGACUUAAAAUAUUAACAAGCGUUAAGUUUCUUUCACUUAAUAUAUCAAAGUGUUUAUAUUGGUUAUGUACGGGGCGAGGUAAUUUACUAUUAAGACUACUUGAUCAAUGACUUGCUAACAUGAUAUUACAGAUAUGAAAAACCUAAUGUUAUAGUUAAACAAUGCAAUGCAAUGUGUAUUUAUUACAAUAGACUAUCAAUUAAAUAUAAAUAAAGUUUCUAGUCAGUUAAGUGAAUCGUUUCCAUUUCACGGACCGCAUGAAAUUGGGGAGAACUGUUAACUGCUUCGUAUUUCUUUUGGGGCCACGUGACAAAUAUUCAAUUUAAAACCUAGCAAUAGCUAGUUCUUGCACUGACAGUAACAACCAAAAUUACUGUUCGUGUCAGAAUUAUGACUUUUGUAUUGUGACAACUUUUAACCGUUACUUUACUUUUAUAGUGUAAGAAUCUAAUUGUAAUAAUGUUAAAACUUAUGAACAAGUAAAUGGAAGUUCAUUGUCUGUGUGUAUUGUGCUAAAUAAAUUAUAUUAAAACAUACAAACAAGCCAUUUAAAACUAUGUCCAUUGUCUAAACAUAUUUUAUAACUAUUUGUUCUUGCAACUGAAUUACACAAGUUGGUGGCCUGAUUCUGACAUAAUCACCAAGCCUGGCACUAAACAGUAGCAACACCCAGAGCUACCAAUUUCAAAGCACUCUGCUCAUCAAAGUUGUAUGUUUCAUUACAACUAGUUUAAUAGCUGCGCAAUGUCCUAUAAUACUAAUAAUUCUAGAACCUUCCGAACACUAAUCCGGCAUGGCAGGAAAAUACGCAUAGAUGCGCCGCCAUGGCCACCUAGUGCGCGCGCGCUUGCUCCAACCUACAAACUGGUCGGAUUUCGUGACACUCGCCUCUACGCGUGUGCACCCAUUCACAACUGUGUUCGUAUAUCCAACCGCCUACCACACGCAUUUUCCGCCGUGUUACACAACUGUGCACUCUAUGCUACAGUGAUAGAGUUGUGCUCUAUUAUAGUAGUUGUUCCGUAAAGUUGUUACGUCACUUGUCAUGGCAUUGGUCGGUUUCGGAAUGAUAAAAUGGGCGUAGUGCGUUAUUAUAGUUGGUGUUUAGAUUUUUGUUACAGUGCCCGGCCGAUAUUCGAGAAAAAAAACCUGUUAUCAGUGUGUGAUAACAUCGUGUUGAAGUAUGAUCUGUGUAUUAAGAGUGAUUAUAUGUAAUGUGAGUAGUGGUGAAGCGAUAGCUUAAUGUGUAGUGGAACGGACUGCCGAGGUCGCAGGUUCGAUUUUGUUAGCAGAAGAGCGGAUUUUUUAAAGGUUUGUCAGUGGUUAAAAUAGAGCAGUAAAAACCAGAUAAGCUAGUCUCCAAUUUUAAAGGUCUAGAACGGGUGGCAGAGGAGUUGAUGGGUCGAAGAAAAUGGAAACUAUACCAGGACGCCUUGAUACCAAAACGGAACGAACCAGAGCCGUCGAGCGAGGACGACUCCAUGCCGGCCACCGACCCACCGCCCGCGCUCAAGAUCAAGACCAUAGAGGAGAUAAACGCGCCCGAAGACGAACGGCCCAACGACGAAGAACCGAAGGUGGAGAGGCGGCAAGAGACGAUCCUCGAGAGCCUGAUCAAGCGGCCCGCCACGCAGCCCAAGCUAGAGGUGGAAGAGCCCGCCGACUGGAAGCCCGCGGACAAGUGUUACUUCUGCGUGGAUGGUGAGCGCGGCGAGGCGGCGCCCGACGGGACCUCUGCCCCCCCGGCGGGCGGCGCGACCAGUCCAGCGUCGGAGUCGGACAGCAGUUCAGUGUCGGGGGCCAAGAGUCCCGCGGCGGCGCCGCCCCUGUUGCAGCACUUGUUGCAGCUGCAGGUGCAGAACCCACAGACCAUCGCGCAGGUUUACCAGCAGGCGUACACGGAGAUGUAUGUGCAGUUCCAGCAGAUGCUGGCCGCGCUGGCGGCGCUGGGGACGGGGCUCGUGCCGACAACGCCGCUCACGCAAGCCUGGAUGAUACAGCGGCUCGCGCAGCAGCGGCAUCACACUGACAGGCUAGGCGAGGGUGACAAGCCGCCGACGCUGUCGUCGCCGAGCCCCGCGGAGCAGCCGCUGGACCUCAGCGCCAAGUCCACCUCCAGCACUAGUGGGACACCGCCGCCGGACUCCAAACUCCUCGACAACAGAUUGAAGCGUGCAUGCGCGGAGAGCGCGGGCUCGGCGUCGGCGUCGCCCGGCAACAGCGUGGCGGGGGUGGCGGGCGCGGCGGCGGGCGCGGCGCGGCGCGGCUACACCGACGACGAGCUGCAGGCCGCGCUGCGCGACAUCCAGGCGGGCCGGCUGGGCACGCGCCGCGCCGCCGCGCUCUACGGCAUCCCGCGCUCCACGCUGCGCAACAAGGUCAGCAAGUUCGGACAUGCGGAGCCGCCCGACUCCGAGCCCGACAGCGACGCCGAUCGGCCCGACUCGCCGCCCUCCGUCAUCCUCAAGAUACCCACGUUCCCGCCGCCGGACGACAAGAGCCCCUCGCCGGCGGCCGCGCCGCUCGCGCCGGUCACGCCGCUGCUGCCGCCGCCGCAGCCGCUGCAGCCCUCGCCCAGCAUGCUGCUGCCGGGCGUGUACGCGGACCCGCCUGCCACCCAACACAUCUUCACCUCACUCAACGACGUCAUCGCCAAGAGCAUCAGCCAGAAGUUCCAGCAGCCGAUCGACCGAUCGCAUCAACCGGACCUACAGUUCCUGCGCGGGCCGGACGCGCGACAUGUGUCCGUCAUCAAAACGCAGCCGGACAACCAGCGCAACUACGCGAUGCCGAGUAACUCGAAGGCACCCGCCAACAACGGACAGCCGGCUGCCGGCGGCAAGGGCACGCGGCCCAAGCGCGGCAAGUACCGGAACUACGACAGAGAUAGCCUUGUAGAGGCGGUGAAGGCCGUGCAGCGCGGAGAGAUGUCGGUGCACCGCGCCGGCUCCUACUACGGCGUGCCGCACUCUACGCUCGAGUACAAGGUUAAAGAACGGCAUCUCAUGAGGCCGCGCAAGCGCGAGCCCAAGCCACCGCAAGAGGUGAAACCACAGCCGCCCAAGCCGCCGCCACCAAAGCCCGCCACCAAGCCGUUUUCGAACGGACUUAACGGGCCCGACACGCCGGGCUAUCCGACCGGCUACCCGUUCUGGCCGGCGCCCGGGUUCCCGCCGCCCCCGGGGCCCGAUCUGUACGCGUCGCACAUGAUGCGGAGGCUGCGCGACGAGGCGCCGCCUCCCACCAACGGCUCGUUCCUCGAGGGCAUCAUCCGAUCGAGCCUGGAGCGCCCGGGCGCGGCAUUGCUGCAGCGGUUGACGGAGACGCGCGCGGGGGCGGAGGCGCCGAGCCUGAUGCGGCGGCUGGCGGGCGAGCCCGACGAGCCGCCCGCGCGGCGCCCGCGCAUCGACAGCUCGGACCACGCGCUGGCGGCGGAGAUGCGCGAGGCGGUGCAGCGGCUGCGCGCGGACAAGCUGCGGCCGCGCAACGGCACGCCGACGCCGCCCGCGCCCGCGCCGCUGUCGCCGCCCGCGCCGCCCGCCGCGCCGCCCGACCGCGCCUAGUGCCGCCCGCGCGCCCCGCUCUACCGCAUGCACUGACGCACGUCGGGUACUGAACGCGAGACGUUCCGAUCUCCUCGCUCUAUGUGAUAAUAUUAUGUAAAGUACAUUCCGUCGGGCGGCGCGACCGCCCGCUCCGAACACUCACCUACUGACAAUAAACCGACACGAUCCCAGUUCCGCCGGCUCAUCCCUUCGUUCCCGCGUUUGUCCACAGCCCAGUGUUCACACACGCGACACAUGACGCGUCCAGUUUCAUUUUCUGCUUCCGUGUACCGCCCCGCUGUACACACUGCAUACACACACCGACACAACACACACACACACACAUACACACACAAACACGACACAUGUAUCACCAAAUAUCACAAUAGUUACCUAAAAGUCACAACCAGUUCAAUAUAUCACAGCUUUACUAAUGCAAUAUCACAAUAUAGUAGUGUUUAGUAUCCCAUGACGGUGUCGGCUGCGUUUGUUGCGACGCUCAAUGUUGUUCUCAUAAAACGCGACAUGCUUUUUGCAUCGCUGUCUAUGAAAAAUACAUAGAAAUCAUUUUUUAAUACAACUUAUUUCAAAAGUGUAUUCGAAUAUUAUAACGACGUUUUAAAAAAAAUAAUGUUAUAGUAGAGAUUUCAAAUUUAAAUAAAUAGAACGACAGUGAGUGUCACAUACGACGCUAGGGUUGUCCAAACUCACCUUAAUCCGGAGAGCCUCGACGUUCGACCUUGUUUUUUAAGUAAAAGACAACCAAAAGUUAAUGUUAUAAAAUUAACUAUUUAAAAGUAAUUUUUAAUUAACUAAAAUGAAAAAAAAACAUUGCAACAAAUUAAUGAUAAAGCUAGCUAUGAGUGUAAAUGUUAUCGAUUUUUAAGUGAACUAUUGCAGAUUUUGUGCAGUGUUUUUAUAAUUAGAUAGGUAAUAUAUUGAAUGAAAUUAUUAGCGCUAAUGGCGGGUAGUGCGGUUGUGGUACUGUCUUUUGUAUCGCGAGAUAAAGGAAAGGCACUAGUAGUAGAGGCGGGGCGCCAGCGCCGCGAGCAGCGGCGAGGCGACGUCGGCUCGCAAGGACUUAUGUGCAAUUAUUAUUUUGUAUAAAAUAAUGGUAAUUUAAAGUGUGUCUAAGCUAACACGUGGAUUUCCAUAUUACUGAAUGUGAUAUUUAGGUAUUACGAGUGCGGUUUGAGUGACGACCCGCGGGGGCCCGCAGGCCCCCCAUCAUUUAUAUACACACGUACGUACAUUAAAUACAUCUAGUGAACUUAUAUAUUUUAUGUACUAUUAUUGUAUCUUAAGAAGAUAUAUUCUUAUUUUUCAUGGUCCAAGUUUUAAAUGUUUUAUCGACUAUACAAAAAUGUGGAUAAUCAUUAUUAUAUUCUUGUCGACUUUAAAAAAUAUAAUUAGCCCAAAAAUCCUCAAAAAAAAAUACUAAAUGAUAUCUUCAAAUUUGUGAAAUUUUUUGGUGUUCAAUCAAAAGUAUAUUAUUGAAGUACGAGAUGGAAAAAAUGUAUACGCUCUCCCAGAUAAAUCUAGGUAAAACUAUUGGAUAUAAAAUUAUCAUACGACACUUAUUGUAAGUUAUGUGUAAAUGUGCGCCUCAUGGAAAUUAAGAAAUCUUUGUAUUAUGUAUGUAACUAAAUAUAUACAUAAUUAUAUUAUAUACAAGUUAAACAUCGUGCAUUUUCUUCGGAGACCACGGAUGUGCAAAAUAGGACUGUUGGAGUGUGGUUUCGACGUUUCGACAUGCAUUGCAUACUAUUUACCCGCGGACCGACUAUUUAACAAACAAUAUCCAAAUCAAAAUACAUAUCCCCAGUGCCGAGAUGUCGAAUGCAUUCUCUGUUAAUGAAAAAUACAAAAAUUUUUAUAUUCAAAAUUUACUAGUCGAUAGCAUACUUUCACCUUUGUUUCUCUCUGUGCAUAAUUUUCGACGUAUUUUUAGCGUUUAGUAUUUAAAAAAUCUAAAAAACGUUACGUGCAUUUAUCUCAUUGAGUACUUUUAUACAUUGAAUAAAAUAUUUACCGUCGUGUUGACAACCCUACCAGACCGCAUUUCGAAUUUAUUCGAAAACACAAACUAUAAAAAUUCGUAUUAUAUUUAUUAAUACUACACUACCAGACCGCAUUUCGAGUUAUUCAAGAAAAGAAACAAAUUAAAAAUGGAUUUUUUCUUUUUUUUCGAAACUUUGCCUAGGGACCUACUACCAGACCCGCAUUUCGAAUUUAUUCGAAAAGGAUUUUUUAAAAUCGAACAAGUUCUUUUUUUAAAUACGUACACGGACCUGUGUGUUAUGCCUGACAUUUGUUGAUAGCUUAAAAAAGGUUAUUUUGUGUAAGUUUGUACAGAAAUAGGAUGGGACAAUUUGCAAAGAGAAUUUAGAUAAUAAUCAACAUUCCGUUUAGAAUGUUACUAGAUUUUUUUAAUUAUAAUAUAAAUAUUUUUUGAAUCGGGAACAAAUCAUUAUGUUAUUUAAUCUUAUUUUGUAACGUUAGUUAAUUUUAAGUGGCUUUAUUUUAAAUAACCCUAUAUAUUAAUUAUAUUGAGAUGUUAAACAUGUCAUUGUUUUAUGUGAAAGCGUACGGGGUUCCCUAUUCCCGGGACACAAAGAGAGUUCGCGACUGAUAUGUAGUAGAAAUGGCGACGUGGCUCACACGCGCUCGGUCUGUACAAAUGGUAUACGCCGCCUUAACACUUAAAAUGUUAUUUACAGCGAUGCACCACACAUUUAAAAUAAUCAACAUUCUAAGCGCGUACAGUUAAUUCCAAAGCAUCUCAUGUGUGUUGAUUAUUUUAGACGAGGCUGGAGGCGGUUGUUGUCAGAGUCCACUAAAAAGUAAAAAUUUAAAUCUGCCUCUAUUCAAAUACCUCAAUAGCAACAAUGGAGUUUCAUUCGACGAUGAUGUGGGCCGCAGUGCCUCGGACGACAGCCGCCCGGCCGCGCCGCUCGCGCCACGAGAUCGCUCGUUUAUUAGUGAAUCAUUUUUAUUGUAUAUUGUUCGAACAUUUUUUUUUCCACAUAGUUUAAGCAUUUUAGUUGAUACUGUAGUGUAAUUUUUCAAUUAAUAGGUAGCCGGUAGUAAUUCUUUAAUAUUUUGUUAAUUUUUUUCGUAAAUAUAAUAAAUUCUCCGUAAGGGUUAGAUUAGAGUCUUGAACGGUCCUCGAUCGGUCCAGGAACAAAAAGACAACGGACGGGAGUUGCAUUUCAUUAAUUAAACAAAUGAUAAUAUAGGAAUCCGCGAGACGCGAACCGACCACUAUGUGCAAACUGCAUACAGCCAGCGCGCGCUCUCCAUGUUCCAACGGAGGCGAGUGCAUUGUUCUCAUUUUGAAUUUUUAAAAUUCGACCGCCGAGUUACGGAGUUCGAAUUUUGAAUUUAAAACGAGACGUGUUAGUCGAGCUGGGAUUUCGCGGGGAACUCGUAAAAGACAUUGCCAGAUCUUAUUUGUAAGCAUUUUGAACAGAAGUUGUUUGUUUGUGUGACUGUACCUAACUGUAUGCGCGUUACUGCGCGCGCGCCCGGGGGUAUGUUGCAGUUGUUGUGCCGGCGCGAGCGCGACGCCGCGGCCUCGGUGCGCGCGCGGGGAACGGGAUUAUGUUUCUCUAAUGUAAGAUCACCUUUAUUGUCACUAAUUGUUUUCCUUUUUACAUCUCGUAUGUAUUUUCUAGAUGAUUAAUUUUUAAUAAUUAUUGUACUAUUAUUACAAUAAUUCGACUUAUUAUUAUUGACAUUUAGAAUUAUCGUGGAAAGGUAUAGUGUAACGGACGUUCUAAAGGAUCAAGGCGGCGCGCGCGCACCCGCGUCGCGUCGCGUCCACACAUUAUUUUGUUUAAGUAUAAAAAGAAUAUGUACAAGACGAAGCAUUUAAUUUUAGACAUAUUAAAUAUAAUGUUAUGUUUAUGAAACGGUACGGUGUUGAUUGGACUAGAAAAUGUUUUAAAAUGUAAUAUAUACGAGUAAAUUGAACGCUUAAGCGAGGUAACAUCACAUUGCUGGGGGACGCCUCACGCCACUUCCUCUACACGUACACGUUCUGUGCCGCCGGUUUGAGAUUACGUGUUUCUUUUCGCAAUCCCGAGCAGGCAGCGGACCGACGCGUAAUGUAGAAAUGUUAUCGAUAAAUGUAAAACGCUCACAUUUCAUUUUUUAAAUAAUAUAUAAACUCCGAAAAGAGCUAAUAAGAUCAAAUUAUAAUAUUGUUAUUUAAUUAUUGAGUACAAGUUUAUAUGAAAUAUUUUUUUUUCAAUAUACCCUCACUCGCCUCUAUAUUUUUUUUGUUAUUUUGUUCCUUUAGUUUUUUAUUACAAUUGUUUAAAUGUCAUUGAUAGAUUUCGCCUUAAUUUAAGCGACUCAUUGAUGAUUAUUUUUUAUUAAACUUUAUAUAAAAUAAAGCUAUUAUAUAUUUUUCAUUUCCUCAGUAAGUCAAGUGAUGUUAGGUCCUCCCGCCGCGGGAGACCUCAAAAUGAUCAAUUGGCGAUUACAAUUGGCCCAAACAUUAUUGUAUUUAAAAAAAAUCUAGUCAAAUUUUUAGUAUGAAAAAAAUUUCGACAAUGUUUCGACUGAAAUUUUUGAUAGUUGAGAGAAAAAUGUGGAAAAUUUUUAAAACGUCCAAAAAUUCGAAGUCGCCAGGCGACUUUAAAGUUAAUUUGAAAAAGACCGAUUUGACAUUGUGGAAUUGUAGAUAAUAUUAUAUUAAAAUUGUUUCUUACGUACUUUGUAACUUUGGAUGGGACAAUUUUGAAUGAAAAAAAAAACUGUUUUUUGUUCAUCGUGUAUUGUCCCGUGUCUAUAUGGUGUUUAUAACUUACGUUAAAUAUAUUAACGAGAUGGCUGGUUAGGCAGGUGUGAGAAUGCGAAAAUAUUUAAAAACCUGUAUACAAUAAAUUUCUUUCAUUUGUUGAA